UAAAAAUAAUUAACAACACUUACAUGAAUGUUUAUACAAAAUUAAGACAUGAACAUUUUCAUCAACAAACACCAUAGAGCUAUAUCCUCAUUUCUCAAUAUUAAAUGGUCAUUGGCCUUAAGUGGAAGAGGUAUGGUAAUCAAGCUUACACAAUUCCAUCUCAUGUUGCAAACAGCAUUGAUGCUGAUAUUGCAGUUGACAUUCUUCCAAUCAACUCUUAGACCAGUUAAACAUGAACAAAUCAACUUAUCAACUUGGUUUUUUUUUUAACAAUUAUAAAAAAAUGUUGGUAAACUCUAUCCAAUCUUUUUUUUUUUUUAAUAAAAAACAUCAUACUAAUAAGAUUUUUCAUACAUUCUUGGCUAUCAUUUUUAUGUGACGCUACUUUAUUAAUAUGUCGAUAGUAUGACACUUCAACUUGAUUAAUUUUUUUUAUAAUUCCAAGUAAACCUUCAUUUGACGACGACAUAACGAUGUGAACAAUUGAAUCCAUCUUAAAUAUAUUAUUAAUAUAGAAUAAAUAUGAGAGAACAAACAAACUAUUUGAUCUCCAAGAGCUAAAGUUGAGAAAUUCCCAAUGGAAAUUGCAAUAUCAAGGUGGCUACUAUUUAGUUUUUUUGCUCUCCUUACUCAAGCUCAAGAUGAAACAGCCUUUCUUAGUCUAGAUUGUGGUCUACCAGCAAAUUCAUCAGGCUACAAUGAUCCAAAAACAAACAUUAGGUAUAUAUCAGAUGCAGGCUAUAUAAAUGCAGGUGAAAGUAGAAGUGUAGCACCUGACUUCAAGAAGUAUGAACAACCACAAUGGAAUCUAAGAAGUUUUCCUCAAGAAAUUAGAAACUGUUACAAUAUAAGUGCCAUUAAAAGCACCAGCUAUUUGAUUCGAGCAACUUUCUUAUACGGAAAUUAUGAUGGGCUCAAUAAUACUCCUCGAUUUGAUUUGUAUUUGGGAGAUACUCAAUGGACAACAGUGGAUGAGGAUGAUAGCUACUACACAGAGAUGAUCCACAUUCCUUCAACUGACAACUUGCAAAUUUGUCUGAUCAACAUUGACCAAGGAACACCAUUCAUCUCAACAUUAGAGUUUAGAAAACUUCCGUCUCUCAGUUACUUUACUGUAUAUUCCUUGUACCUUUAUAAGCGGUAUGAUAUGGGCUCAAUAACAAACAAGGAAUAUAGGUUUCCCGAUGAUGUUUAUGAUCGAGUGUGGGAAGCGUACCAAGAUAAUAACUAUGCACAACUAAGUACCUUAGAUUCUGUAGCUGCUGAUAAUCUUGACGAAACUCCGGCCGUAGUCAUGAAAACUGCUGCAACUGCAAAGAAAGGGACCAAGUACCUUGAUUUCUCAUGGGAUUCGAGAAACGUAGGUGAUAAAUAUUUUGUAUAUAUGCACUUUGCAGAACUUGAAAAGCUUCAAAGCAACCAAUUCAGAGGAUUUAAUAUCACUCAUAAUGGGGACUAUUGGGAUGGACCUAUUAUUCCUGAAUAUUUAAGCACAACAACAGCUUAUGACAUCUUCUCAUCUAUAAAGCCAGCAUCAAGACAUCAAUUUUCACUCUUCCCAAUACAAAAUUCAACUCUUCCUCCAAUCAUCAAUGCUUUAGAAAUUUAUGUUCAAAUGGAGAUCUCAGACCUAGAAUCAUACAAUGGAGAUGUGGAUGCAAUCAGUAAUAUUCGGUCAACCUAUGGGGUAAAAAAAAAUUGGGAAGGAGACCCAUGUGUGCCAAGUGGAUAUCCAUGGAGUGGUUUGAGUUGCAACUCUGAUUCAGUUCCUAGAAUCACAUCACUGAACUUGUCUUCGAACGGAUUGAAGGGUGAGAUAUCUCUGUACAUAUUCAGUCUACCAAUGCUACAAACAUUGGAUUUGUCAAACAAUUACUUGACAGGAGAAGUACCUAAAUUUCUGUCCCAGUUGUUACACCUCAAAAACCUAAACUUGGAGAACAACAAUCUCUCAGGGUCUCUUCCACCUGACCUUAUAAAAAAAAAGAUGAACGGUUCACUUACAUUAAGUGUAGAAGGUAAUCCAAAUUUAUGUACCUCAGAGCCGUGCACAAAGAUGACACCAGAGCAAAAGAAAAGCAACAACAAUUUUAUCAUUCCAGUAGUAGCAGCAGUGGGUGGAUUGCUUGCAUUCCUCAUAAUUGCAGCGAUUAUCUAUUGGAUUGCUAAAUCAAAUAAGAAGCAACAAGGUAAGGAUGUUGCUUUGACAGUGAAUCCAGGCAGUUCCUUGGAGAAAAGGAGACAGCAGUUCACUUAUGCUCAAGUUGUGAUGAUGACCAACAAUUUUGAAAGGAUUCUUGGGAAGGGAGGAUUUGGGAUGGUUUACUAUGGAGUUCUAGAUGACACUCAAGUGGCUGUGAAGAUGAUUUCUCCAUCAGCAAUACAAGGCUACAGUCAGUUUCAAGCAGAGGUUACGAUUCUUAUGAGAGUUCACCAUAGAAACUUAACAAACCUUGUAGGGUAUAUGAAUGAUGGAGGUCACCUUGGCCUCAUUUAUGAGUACAUGGCCAAAGGAAAUCUGGCCGAGCAUCUUUCUGAUAAAAGCUCAAGUAUCUUAAGCUGGGAAGACAGACUUCAAAUUGCGAUAGAGGCAGCUCAAGGACUAGAGUAUCUGCAUCAUGGUUGUAAGCCACCAAUAGUCCACAGGGAUGUGAAAACAACAAACAUCUUAUUGACAGAAAAUUUCAAUGCCAAACUUUCUGAUUUUGGUCUUUCAAAGACUUAUCCAACAGAUGACAAGUCCUACAUGAGCACUGUUAUUGUUGGAACUCCGGGUUACCUUGACCCAGAGUACUAUACAUCAAACAGGCUAACUGAAAAAAGUGAUGUGUAUGGUUUUGGAGUUUCCUUGAUGGAAAUAAUUAGUUGCAGACCAGUAAUUUCAAAUACUCCAGACCGAGAAACGAAUUACAUAGCCAAAUGGGUUCGUACCAUGGUUGACCAGGGAGAUAUCAAGAAUAUAGUUGACCCAAGAUUAAAUGGAGCAUAUAAAAAUAACUCUGUUUGGAAAGCUGUGGAAGUAGCCUUGGCUUGCGUAUCAGUAGAUUCCUAUCAAAGGCCAACGAUGAAUCAAGUAGUGAUAGAGUUGAAGGAUUGCUUGGCCAUGGAGUUGAAUCAGAGAUCGGAAAGUCGUCCACUGGAAUCAAAAGACUCCAUUGAAAUGAUGUCCAUAUCUAUGGUUAUGAAUGCCACCCACUCCAGUCCCAUGCCAAGGUGAAGAAAUUUUAUGAACUGACUCAAGUUUCUUCUGGUUUCAACUUUCAGCUGCCCUUUAAACUAUUUGAAUUGGUUGUAUCCAAUCUUCAUUUCAUCAAAUAAAUCAUUGGAGAUGGUGAAAUUUAGUACAAAAAUAGGUUAGAUGAGAUUUGUAGUACAACUCAAGUUGGGUUUGCAAUUGUGUAAACGGUGUGCAAUGAAAUUGAUGCGUUUAUCUUUAUUACAACAACAUGAGAAUAAGUUCGGUCUAUUUCACUUGCAAUAUAUUUCGGGUUACCCUUUGGGUGUUGUCAAUAUUUAUUUAAAUUGAGCUGAUGUCAUUAAGAUUGUCUCUGUAUUUGAUCUUGUUGG